AUGGAAGGACUCACCCCCUCAGAGCAAAGAGAAUUCCAAAGCCGUAUGGAAAGAAAGCAAAUGAAGGAAUUCAUGGGCAUGUUCUCCAACCUCGUAACCCACUGCUUCGACUCCUGCGUCGACGACUUCUCCACCAAAUCCCUCAUCGCCCGCGAAACCGGUUGCGUCUCCCGCUGCGUCCAAAAAUUCAUGGCUGGAAGUGAGCGUAUCGGUCAGAGAUUCCAAGAACAGCAAGCACAGAUGAUGAGUCAACCUCCUCCUGGGUCAAGGUAA